CGGCGGGAGAGGGUGUGCGUAGCUCCAGGAACCUCCUUCCCAGCCCCGGGGGCCACGGGGGGACGUGCCCCCCCCGUGAGACAGAGCAUUCUCGCACGCGCUGGCAGCGCCACUCGGGGAAUCCAGAAUGAACCUGGACGAGGAGGCAGAGACCAAGAGGUACUGCAUCCGAGGCAAGCACGCGGCCAUCAUCUGCGGGGUGGUGGUGGCCGUGGGGCUCAUCGUGGGCCUCUCCGUGGGCUUGACCCGGAAGACUGACUGCGGGCCCGGCCCCACCAGCGACCCGCCGACCUCCACCGCCGCCCCGCAGGACUCGGGGGUGUGCCCGCCCCUCGAUGAGGCGGGCCCGUGGCAGGAGUUCAGGCUCCCGAACUCCGUGCUCCCCCUGCACUACGACCUGGAGGUGCAGCCGCAGCUGCAGGACGACACCUACACGGGCACCGUGAGCAUCGCCCUGAACGUGACCCAGACCGUGUCCGCCGUGUGGCUGCACCUGCGCGAGACCAGCAUCUCCAAGCUGCCCGAGCUGCGCGGCCCCGUCGGGGAGCCCCUGUCCGUGCAGCGCUGCUUCGAGUACCGCAAGCAGGAGUACCUGGUGGUGCAGCCCGCCGCGACCCUCGGCCCCGCACUCUACACACUCACCCUGAGCUUCGCCGGCCGCCUCAACGGCUCCCUCGUGGGCUUCUACAGGACCACCUACAUCGAGAACGGCCAAGUCAAGAGCAUCGCGGCCACAGACCACGAGCCGACGGAUGCCAGGAAAUCCUUCCCGUGCUUUGACGAGCCCAACAAGAAGGCCACGUACAACAUCACCAUCGUCCACCCCAGCGACUACUGGGCCCUGUCCAACAUGCCCGUGCUGAGCUCCGAGAAGCUGGGCAACGGGUGGAACCGGACGAAGUUCAUGAAGUCCGUCCCCAUGAGCACGUACCUGGUCUGCUUCGCCGUGCACCAGUUCACCUCCGUCAGCAGGACGUCCAAGCGGGGCAUCCCGCUCACCGUGUACGUGCAGGAGCAGCAGCGGCACACGGCCGAAUACGCUGCCGACGUCACCAAGAUCGUCUUUGACUUCUUCGAGGAGUACUUCGGCAUGGAAUACAGCCUCCCCAAGCUAGAUAAAAUUGCUAUUCCAGACUUCGGCACCGGGGCCAUGGAGAACUGGGGGCUGGUCACGUACCGGGAGACCAGCUUGCUCUACGACCCCAAGGAGUCCGCCUCAUCCAACAAGCAGCGGGUGGCCAGCGUGGUGGCCCACGAACUUGUCCACCAGUGGUUUGGAAACAUCGUGACGAUGGAGUGGUGGGAAGACUUGUGGCUGAACGAGGGCUUUGCUUCCUUCUUUGAGUUCCUGGGAGUCGCGGAGGCUGAAAAAACUUGGCAAAUGCGAGACCAGAUGCUCCUUGAAGACGUGUUGCCCGUGCAGGAGGAUGACUCUCUGAUGUCGUCACACCCAAUCGUCGUCAACGUGUCCACCCCGGCGGAGAUCACGUCUGUCUUCGACGGCAUCUCAUACAGCAAGGGGGCCUCCAUCCUGCGGAUGCUGGAAGACUGGAUCUCACCAGAAAACUUCCAGAAAGGAUGCCAGAUUUACUUACAAAAGCACAAGUUUCAGAAUGCUAAAACUUCCCAUUUCUGGGAAGCCCUUCAAGAGGCAAGUGGCAAGCCCGUAAAGGAAGUGAUGGACACGUGGACCAGUCAGAUGGGCUACCCUGUGCUUACCAUGAACGGCAGGACCACCACACAGAAGCGCUUUCUCUUGGACCCCAAAGCUGAUCCCACCCAGCCCCCUUCGACUCUUGGGUAGGUCUCUCUGACGCAUGGAGGUAGAAAUAUGCCCACUCAGUGGCCCCGUUCCUGUCAUGGUACAUUGUUUCUUUAUUACUGCAGGAAUCACUUUGGAUCCACCAUCUCCUGGCGGAGAAACGCUUUUCUCACAGUUAACCCGAAUCACAUAGGGUUUUACCGGGUCAAUUACGAAGAGAACAUCUGGAAUGACAUAGCUCAGAAUCUUAUCGACAACAAUAGACUGAAUUUUUCUGCCCCUGACCGUGCAAGUUUUAUUGAUGACGCGUUUGCCCUGGCAAGGGCUCAGCUUUUGAAGUACAACGUAGCUCUGAACUUGACCAAGUACCUUAACCUGGAAGAAGAGUACUUGCCGUGGCAGAGAGCCAUCUCGUCGGUGACCUACAUCAUCAGCAUGUUUGAGGACGACAAAGAGCUGAACCCUAAGAUUGAGGCCUAUUUCCGAGAUCGCGUGAAGCCCAUCGCAGAUAAACUGACCUGGAGUGACACUGGAGAGCACAUCGAAAGGUUGCUCCGUGCCUCUGUGUUAGGGUUUGCCUGCAAGAUGAAAGAUCCAAACGCCUUGAAAAGCGCUUCCGAAGAAUUCCAGAAGUGGAUCGCUGACCCUUCCUAUAGUAUCCCUGUGAACCUCAGGCUCCUGGCCUACCGCUACGGGAUGCAGAACUCGGGCAACGAGACGUCCUGGAACUACACCCUUGAGCAAUACCAGAAAACGUCCUUAGCGCAAGAGAAAGAAAAACUGCUCUAUGGCUUAGCCUCCGUGAAUAACGUGACUCUUCUCGCAAGGUUUUUGGAGUUGCUCAAGGACCCAAACGUCAUUAAGAGCCAGGAUGUGUUCACGGUCAUCCGCUACAUCUCCUAUAACCCCUACGGGAAGGUCAUGGCUUGGAACUGGAUCCAGACCAACUGGGACUAUCUGAUCGACAGAUACACGAUCAAUGACCGGAGUUUCGGCCGCAUCGUCACCAUAGCAGAGUCCUUCAACACGGAGCUGCAGCUCUGGGAGAUGGAAACCUUCUUCGCCAAGUACCCAGAAGCCGGAGCAGGGGAGACCCCUCGGCAGCAAGUGCUGGAGACCGUGAAAAACAAUAUCGAAUGGCUGAGACUAAACAGAGACAGCAUUCAGAGCUGGUUUCCAGACGUUGUUCCGUAAAACGUGUUCAAAUAGCACCUUUUCUUCACGUGGACUUGCCGCUUCGCCUCUCAAAAGCCUUUCCGCGGCCUCACUUCCCAGUGCUCUGGGAGGGAUCUCCCGCCCAGGUGGUUUGCUACAUGCUGUGUCGUUUGUUUGGCAAAACUUCUCAACUGUCCCUCUUCGUUUCUGAAGGAAGAUACUAACAGAGUAGCGAAUACACUCAGGGAUUUCGAAGUAUGCUUCAUAGGAAACUCUUUACAAACCGGAAGAGAAUUUAAUAGCCAUUUUAAUAUCUUUAAAUAUCAUUCUCUGUAUCUUCAAUCUGUGAAAAUCGAACGACUAGGUCUUAGCUUUACACUUUUUAGCACCAAAGAAACACCACUUAAUCUUCUCUCUUGCUUGAGUUUUAAAGUUUAAAUUCCAGUACCCCGAGGGACCCACAUUCCCAUCUUCAUCUUUCUUGUUCAGAAUUAUACCGCUCUCGUAUCAUUUUAUUCACACACGUCUUCCUCCUCGGAUUCUAGCAAAGUAGCCUGGUGCCAACAUCUCACCUGAGGAGCACACAGCAGCCUCAGACACGGCUGGCUGCGGUCUCCGCUCUGCUAAAAUCAAGCAGAGAACUCGCCUGUUCAAAAUAAA